AUGCCAGAGAUCUUAGGAUCCCCCCUUAUGCCCGGGCUACCUUUGAAUGGCUUGACUUCGCGGACUAGAGAAAAGCUUACAUUCGAUGCUACUGUUAGCGCCACUCAUACACCCAACACUAUCGUGCUUGGCCCGGAGGCGAAGGAGACCGACCAAGAAGACCUCGGUGCUGACACCAGCUCAUUUGCCUUCAGCAUCAGCUGGUCGACACAUGUGGCGAAGAUCCACGUCCACUGGUGCGAAGUCCGCCCCGACGGGAUCAAGAUCUAUCACAUGAAUUUAAUACGCGCUUAUCUACUGCUUAGCGACAAGGAUGUGAGCGACUUUCGGGGUCGUAUACAUAAUGUUACUGACUAUAGUGUCGGUCCUGAGCGGAAGAGGGGGUUGGAGGAGUUGUAG